UGCAACGUAAACAGGCGGAACAUCUGUGAGAGGCGUGCAAAAACAGUGAGCAGUGGUGAGGAGCUUUGGGGUUAAAGGUUUUAAGUCCUUAAGUAGUUGGUACUUUUGUAAUAAAAUGGCACGAGUUUUGGUUGGUGUGAAGCGCGUUAUAGAUUAUGCUGUUAAGAUUCGUGUGAAACCAGAUAAAACAGGCGUUGUUACAGAUGGAGUCAAACACUCCAUGAAUCCAUUUGAUGAAAUCGCCGUGGAGGAGGCGGUUCGAAUGAAAGAAAAAAAAUUAGCCUCAGAAAUAGUUGCUGUUUCUUGUGGACCAGCCCAAGCGCAAGAAACCUUGAGAACUGCUCUUGCGAUGGGAGUGGACCGUGGUAUCCACGUUGAAAUCUCAGGUCCUGAAUACGAGACCCUGCAACCCAUUCAUGUGUCCCAGAUUCUUGCCAAAAUCGCAAAAGAUGAGAAAGCUGAUCUAGUUAUUGUUGGCAAACAGGCAAUUGAUGAUGACUCAAACCAGACGGCACAAAUGACAGCAGCCUUCUUGGACUGGCCACAGGGAACCUUCAUAUCCAAGAUUGAAAAGACAAAUGGUGAAUUGAAACUGACUAGAGAAAUUGAUGGUGGUCUUGAAACGAUCAAAAUAAAGAUGCCAGCUGUCCUCAGUGCUGAUUUGAGGUUAAAUGAACCAAGAUACGCCACACUGCCAAACAUUAUGAAAGCAAAAAAGAAACCUAUUAAGAAAUUAUCACCAAAGGAUCUCGGCGUUGAUACUGCAGCACGAAUUGAGGUUGUGAGUGUGGAAGACCCACCAGUUAGACAGGCAGGUUCCAUCUUAGCUGAUGUUGAUGAAUUGGUCACCAAACUUAAGGAGGGAGGACAUGUCUAGGCUUUUCAUUAUUAUUAUGUGAAUGAACCUGCAAUGCAAAUGUGGCAGUACUGUAGCAAUUACUGCAUUCUGCACAAUGUCAUUCUGUGUGUUUACAUGUAUGUUGAAAAUGCUUUUACAAUUAAAAUAUAGAAAAACAUGUUCAGUGAAGCUAAAUUUGGGGACAUUCUGUCCUUAAAAAAAGCUGGAACAUAUAAAAUCAGUAAGAAUUAAUAGAAAGUUCAUCAAAUACAGAAGUUGAUUUAGUCCUGUA